AUGGAGGAGCCAGAGGAACCUGUGGACAGUGGGCAUUCCCUGCUCCCGGUUUACAUCUACAGUCCCGAGUACGUCCGCAUGUGCGAUUCCCUGGCCAAAGUCCCCAAACGGGCCAGCAUGGUACAUUCUUUGAUUGAGGCAUACGCACUGCAUAAGCAGAUGAGAAUAGUCAAGCCCAAAGUGGCCUCCAUGGAGGAGAUGGCCACCUUCCACACCGAUGCCUAUCUGCAGCAUCUCCAGAUGGUCAGCCAAGAAGGAGAUGACGAUCAUCCGGACUCUACGGAAUAUGGCCUCGGUUAUGACUGUCCGGCUACCGAAGGGAUAUUUGACUAUGCAGCAGCUGUGGGAGGGGCUACAAUCACAGCUGCCCAAUGCCUGAUUGAUGGAAUGUGCAAGGUAGCCAUUAACUGGUCCGGAGGGUGGCAUCACGCAAAGAAAGAUGAAGCAUCUGGAUUUUGUUAUCUCAAUGAUGUCGUCCUGGGGAUACUACGAUUGCGACGGAAAUUUGACCGUAUUCUCUACGUGGAUUUGGAUCUGCACCAUGGAGAUGGUGUAGAAGAUGCCUUCAGUUUCACCUCCAAAGUCAUGACGGUGUCCCUGCACAAAUUCUCCCCGGGAUUUUUCCCAGGUACAGGUGAUGUGUCUGACGUUGGCCUAGGGAAGGGACGGUACUACAGCGUGAAUGUGCCCAUUCAAGAUGGCAUACAGGACGAGAGAUAUUACCACAUCUGUGAAAGUGUACUAAAGGAGGUAUACACCGCCUUCAAUCCCGAAGCGGUGGUCUUGCAGCUGGGAGCAGAUACAAUAGCUGGGGAUCCUAUGUGCUCCUUUAACAUGACUCCAGUGGGAAUUGGCCGGUGCCUUAAGUACAUCCUUCAGUGGCAGUUGGCAACACUCAUUUUGGGAGGAGGAGGCUAUAACCUUGCCAACACAGCUCGAUGCUGGACAUACUUGACUGGGGUCAUCCUGGGGAAAACGCUCUCCUCUGAGAUCCCAGAUCAUGAGUUUUUCACAGCAUAUGGUCCUGAUUACGUGCUGGAAAUCACGCCAAGCUGCCGGCCGGACCGAAACGAGCCCCACCGAGUCCAGCAAAUUCUCAGCCACAUCAGAGGGAACCUGAAGCACGUGGUCUAG